CUGUGGGUAUAUAAAAGCCGUCGGGACCACGUGACUUCCUUUUCGGACUAAGCUGAAAUCAUGGACGCCAGCCGCGUGCAGCCCAUCAAACUCGCUAGAGUUACUAAAGUGCUGGGAAGAACCGGCUCCCAGGGACAGUGUACCCAGGUGCGCGUUGAGUUCAUGGAUGACAGCAAUAGAUCCAUCAUCAGGAACGUGAAAGGCCCAGUAAGAGAAGGAGAUGUCCUGACACUUCUGGAGUCUGAAAGAGAGGCCAGGAGGCUUCGCUAGCAGUGCACGUGAAGACCGGCAUUGGCCAAAGCAUCAACAUCAGCUCUACAGUUGGCAGUACAAUAUAAUUUGUGCGCAGUUUAAAAUAAAGUGUCUUUGUGAAUAA